CUGCUUGCCAUUGCAGAAUCCUUGUUCAUGAUAACGUCUAUUGCUUUUAGGAUUUCGCUGGCAAUUUUCUUUCGUCGAUUUCUCGUCGAUCGCACACAACGCCAAUUGGUAUUGGGAAUCACAGGCUUGUAUUGUGGUGUAGCCGCAUUUGCCUUCUUCCUCUGUCUGUUCCCAUGUGGCGCACCUGUUCAUAUGGCCGCAAAGCGGAUCAAUGGCAAAUGUAUCCCAAACAAUUGGUGGAAUGGACUCCUUUAUUUCCAUGGCGCCCUCUCAGCACUUGCGGACUGGUUCUUCGCAUUGCUACCGCUAGUGGUCCUAUGGAAAUCCACGAUGCCAGCCAGAAACAAGCUGGGCGUGUCUCUGUUGAUGCUGCUUGCAGUUUGUGGUUCGAUAUGUGCCGUCCUUCGCACCAUCUAUGUUGGAAGUCUCCGUUUCCACGCUGCAUAUUUCGAUCCGCAACACCCGACAUAUUAUCACACCACUGCUCUGGUAAUCAACAUGGCUGUGCUGGAGUUGGGCCUCGGAAUCACAGCGGCAUCCGCAGCAUGCCUUAUGCCCCUGUUUAGG